AUGUUACACCAUUCAGUUGCAAAAGAAAAGAUCCCAAUGUGUAUUGGAAUAUCGAAAAUUAGUAUUGAUCAACCAGCUAUUCAAAGUGUUGAUCUAAAGUGGAGGGUUGGGAGAAGACUAAAAGGGGAAGUCAAAGAUAUGUAUUUGGAGAGUACAAAGUCCACUAAAAUAUUCUUCAGUACAACAUUUAAGAAGAAUGGUAAAGAUGGUUAUAAAGAGAAAUUGGUUGUUUUAAAGAUUAAAGACAAGAAGAUAGUUUUGGGAACAUGUUCAUUCAACCUUUCAAAGUUUUAUGAAUGCAAAGAUUACAUUGGAAAGGAAACAAUAGAAUUUGAAGGGAAGAAUAAAGAGAAGUUGAAGGUGGACUUGUUUUAUACGACUUUGAAAGUUAUUGAAGAAAUUAUAUCAAAUGCAGUCACUCCAAAGAAAUCACUUCUUUCACCAAGAAUAUCGUUGACUCCAAGAGUUGGUAAAGUGAAUAAAAUGACUCCAACUAAAUCUUCUUUAAGUCCCAAAAUUGAUUUUACAACAUCACACAGUUCACACAAUUCAUAUUCAUCACAUAGUUCACAAAGAAGUCCAAAGGAAUCACCAAGAAUUCCACAUGGUUAUGAAAGUCCCAGAAAAUGUUAUACAAGCGAAGUCAACCCACAUGUUGAACAAAUUGUUAACAUUGACAAUUACAGAGAGUCGAUGGUAAUGACGCACCAAGAAUUCAAAAACAAAUUGUUUAAAGAGGAGUUUAGAGAAUGUAGAUGUGAGUGUACACAGUUGGCGUACAUAUUGACAUGUAUUGUCGUGAACAAUCAUCAUGAAGAAUUUAUUGAAUGUGUCAAAUUGUUUACACGUCGAUGUUAUUGUCUCGAAGACAAGCAUUAUAUCUUUGUAUCACUUUUUGAAACAGGUGCAAUGCUCAAAAUAAAGAAUAAGGAAAAAAGAGUGGAAAGCUGGAAGAAUUGUUAUGAAAUUGUCUGCAAAACAGUUGCGUCUAUUGGUGAUGACAUUAUUGAGAAGAUAAGAAUGAGUGUUCAACCAGCAAUUAAAUACAUCAAUUUAGUCAAAUCGAAAUUUGAUAAAUUUGAGAAACCAAAAGAAGUACAACAUAUUGAGGAAUUUAUGAUAAUGUUUGUUGUUGAUUUGAACUUGUAUUUAAAGUGGAAAAGAGAGGGAAAAUACACAAUAAAACAUGGAGAAGAAUUGUUCUCUAUUAUAAGUGAUUUAGACAAGAAUUUGAACUCGUUGAGGUUAUCAAUUGAGUUGUCUAAAUUGUUGAUGGUCGACGAUAAAAAGAUGUUACAAAAUGAAGAAUUCAGGCUGGCGAUAUGUCCACAUAUUCCGAUUGAAGAUGUUGCUGAAUUUGUUUUGAAAGGAAGAAGAGACAAAGAAAAGAAUGAAAGUUUGGAGCUAUCACAAGUGGUGAGAACGCUUCAAAACCAGAGAGUUGUCGAUCAACCCUUUUCUCCCCCAUAUUUCAAGACUCUUAAAAUCAAAGAACUCAUUGAUUCCACACCAAUAUUUAGUGUACCAAUAAUGUCAUUUGAAAAAACUGUGUUUGCACAGAACAUACUCUUGACCAAUGACUAA